GUCUGCCCUUGCGCCUGCGUACUACGCCUCGUACCCGUCGCCGCGGCCCCGAUCGGGAAGUGUCAACACGGAGCUGGGUUCCCCAGUCUUCGCGGCUACCACCUUCAGCCGAUCCCGGACCCCCUAACCAGGCCCGGGCCCAGCCGCCAUGACGAACGUGUACUCCUUGGAUGGGAUCCUGGUGUUUGGUUUGCUCUUUGUUUGCACCUGUGCUUACUUCAAGAAAGUACCUCGUCUCAAAACCUGGCUGCUAUCAGAGAAGAAGGGAGUUUGGGGUGUGUUUUACAAAGCCGCUGUGAUUGGAACCAGGCUGCAUGCUGCUGUGGCAAUCGCCUGUGUUGUAAUGGCCUUUUACGUCCUGUUUGUAAAAUGAAUUCCAACGCAUCCAUCUCAUCAGCUGCCAACCAAGAGGAUGAGGGUGAAGAACCUGUCGGAGCCUGGGCCCAACGUGAGAAAGCUCAGCUAAAAUCAUCAAAGUCCCCAAGAUGACACCACAGCAUCUGCUCCUACCAUAUGUGGGGAAAACUCCUCAUGGUUACAAACAUUAUUUAUGCUUCAGGGGACUCGAGGAAGCCAACUUCCUUUGAUCUGUGUGUGAAUCAGUCCUCAGCAGAGAGCAUAUAAUGUCCAGAUAAAUUACACUCCAUGGUGAUAAGAUUACAUAUACCUCCUGCAUAAAAACCUGUCACCUAUUUUGUUCUUCAGUCCCUCAUCAGGAGCUUUUCAAACUGAGACUCAUUAGGGAAGGACAUAGGCUGUGUUCACACCUCUUGGAAGGAGAGAGAAUUUUCAAGACUUGACUUUUCUUUUUCACUGUUUGAUUUGCAUUUGGCAAAUUGAUGGAAACGGGGUGGGUGGGUGGGUGGGAGGAAGAGGAGUUAAACAAUGCCAAGAAAAUUUUUCACUUUGGAAAUUUAUCUUUCAUAUACUCGUAUGGGAACGUAAGAGAGAGGCAUGGUCCUCAUUGCAAAAAGAGAACGGAUGAUAUAGUUGUGCUGUGUGCUGGCAGCUUAAGAGUUUGCCAAGAAAAUCUGGGCCUGUGUAAGAUUUAUCUGUGAUGAGACCAGAAAGCAGUAACUUAGAUAAGGAAAAAUGUUCUGUUCACCAGUAUCCCCCAAAGGAGACUUCACCCCAUCAAAUGGUAGAUGGAAAAUGAAUCUAGUGUUGCAAUUUUCCUAAAGCCUUUUUAUAUAUUUUAGAUUACUGAGUGCUGAAUAGUGUCACUCAGUUUUAAAUGCCAUCGCUAGGGGAAAGAGAAAGUAUUGAAGAAAUAAUUUUUAAUAUAUUUGCAGUGAGGGUAAAAGAAAUCUAGUAUAUAAUUCAUACACUAGUAAAGUCAUCUAGUAUAAGAAUUUAUUGUGAUGUUAGAUCGACGUUUUGUCACGUUAUCCAAGACUUAUUGGAUUAUCCACGUUAUGUCACGUUAUCCAAGACUUAUCCACAGUCUUAUUCUGUGUUUAAGUCUGGCUUAUAAUGGCAGUUUUUAAUUGAUUACUUGUUUUUCUUGGGCAACUCUUAGGUUGCCUCAUAUUGCAGUACUUUUUAGCUAUCCCUUGGAAAUUCUGUGUUACAAGAACAUGAUAAAUUCAAGUGAGAGAGAGAAGUUGCUGAUAUGCAUAGGCAUGUUUGGAUAGUUCACAGAAUCCAUGAUUGAAAUGAGGGUGUUUUCGAGAAUAAAGGAAAACAGAUGUUUGCAAGGGAGAUUGAUGGGCUUUCCCAUGGAGUGUGGUAACUCUUGCGCAAAUCAUUUUAGAUGACUCAACAUUUGAAGGGAUGACUUCUCCAUUAAAAAAAAUGAAAAAGAGUUGGUCUAAAAUUACAUUAUUGUAAAAAGCAGGCAUAGACAUAGGAGCCAAUUGAAUCACCCAUACAGUAAAACGUGAUUGUGGACAAGUUGGCUGUAGUUGACCUCUGUGUGGCAGGAAAUUGUCUUUUGUCUUAUCCCCAGAGAAAAGCUGCUAGGAAGUUUAGGUUUCAAAACAGGCAGUUUAGUGCUUUGAGGGUUUCUAGAGGUGUAGCAGGUCACCAAGUAAACACUACACAUCUCAUCCUCUCAGAGUUGUGCUUUUUUCUCUUCAGGAAUUGGCCCAGAGGGUACAUUUCACUGAUUAGUAUGGUUUCCAGUGUCCCUCCUGAGGAUCUUUCACACGAGGGAAAGGAAAUCUAUUGGAACAGAAAGGAAGAGUUACACCUUGUAGGUGUGAGUUUGGGACCUGUUGGCCAGCAGGAGUGCCACUCCCUGGAAAUACAGGUUCAGCAUGUUUUGCACUUGUUAUUCUGUAGCUUUAAUGACUUGUUUUCCAACAGGGCUAAUGUCUCUAAGCUUGGUGAAUAGAGCUGCUUCCAUUUUAAACUCAUUUCACAGUUCUAGUUCAAACCCAAUUUUUACAGCCUCCUGGGCGGGUCAUCUUGCCCUAAAUUGUUAUAUGUUGAGGUGUUUUCAUAUGAGAAUGUACCAAAAAGUGUACAGAAUGAAGGUAAUUUGCAGCAAGAAACAAAUAACACAGCUUAUUUAAUUUUUUGUGUUUAUGUAAGCAGAUAAGCAGAAACCUGUUUAAUUCAUUACUUUGGUUGGUGUGUCAUAUAUUUUUUUGACUGAAAAUUGUAGGAUGUUAUUCCCCUAAGGAAGUCUUAGGGGUAGGAGAAUGGGGAUAGCAAUAUUGCCUCAGAUUCAAACUGGCAUCACCAUAAACCCUGAAUGCCAGGGUGGAAUGAAGUCAGCCUUUUAUAGUUGAAAUACAAUUUUUUAUUCACCACUGUCUGCACAAAUCCUUGAAAAUAAAAUUCCUUUCCCUAC